AUGCCCGCUGUUAGCCUUGAUCGAGGCUCUGCGAAUCCAAAGCCAGAUCCAAAGCACUGCGAAUCCAAAGCCAGAUCCAAAGCAUUUUCGUCCGAAAAUACAGCGGCAGCAGCUGCCAGAGAAGGAUUGAGCUGCAUCCUUGCUUGGCUGCACACCAGGGCCAACGCCGAGGCAUCAACUCCACACAGCGUCGGCCAUGCACAAGACGCAAGCAGCUACCGCAACUGGCAGCGUGGACAGCGCUCGAUGAUGGGCGCUGCACGCUUCGGUCGGCAUGGCGGAGAUACCGCAGCACCGCGGUCGAUCACUGCAGCGAGCAGCAUGGGCAAGUCUAAGCCAAGCAGCCUGAUUGGCCGACCGGGGCAGAUCCCCCAUUUGGGGAGGGCAGUCGGAAAACGAAAUACAGUAGACGGUCUCGCCAUUUCUUCGCGACGUCCCUGA